AUGACUGCCAGCAAGACUCUUCGCAUCCGUCAAGCAGAAGCUUGCAAUCUGCGACUCCGGCCGCUCCGCGGAGCCUCGUACCCGCGGCCGCAUGGCGUGCUGGACUUGGCCAAGCUGCCCAAGAACUUCGACUGGCGCAACCUCAUUCUGGUCCUUCGCCUUCGUGGCGACUUCGGCGGUGGCGGACCCAUCAUGAUCGCUCUGGAGCGCCACCUGGGCAACAAGCCGUCGAUGGAGGUCAUCCUCAACUGCGAAAAAAAGAACAACGGGCACCAUGACGGCGAGACCUGGAGGCCUACCGCUACAUUGAGAAGAAUGGCGUGCCCGAAGAGGGAUGCCAGUCGUACGCAAGAGCUGCUGCAGAAUUCGUACGAUAAGUACUACGUGUCCGAUUACGGCACGACGCUGGGCGAGCAGCAGCAGACGGCUGCGAGUCUGUUGACACGAGGCGGUCCCCAGAAAAUUGCCGACGAUGUGCCGUCACCUCUGUGA